AUGGCACCUUCAGCAGUUCCCGUUUCGAAUGAAGAUGUUUCGCAUUUGCCAUUGAAGCUUGACAAGCAAAAUGGCGUCAAAGCCACGACGGAAGACGUAAAGAUGGAGGCACACGAGAAGACAGAUCUUGUUCUGAGGACAUUCCGGUGCCUGAUUGCGGAUUUGUGCCAUCAAUUUGGCUGCGGCCACCCUGGGUAAGAUCAGUGAAGCAAUGCACUUCCGAGUCAAAUCCUAACGGGAUUGCAGCUCUGCCAUGGGAAUGGCAGCCAUUGGUGUCGCCCUCUGGAAAUACAUCAUGAAGUACUCGCCUUCGAAUCCAGACUACUUCAACCGGGAUCGAUUCGUCCUGAGUAAUGGACAUGCCUGCUUGUUCCAAUACACAUUUCUACACUUGACGGGAUACAAGAUGAUGAGCUGGGAACAGUUGCUCACUUACCACUCACCUCGCUUCGAUUCGGUAUGCCCGGGACACCCCGAAAUCGAGAUUGAUGGUGUGGAAGUCACAACUGGUCCUCUUGGGCAAGGUAUUGCCAACGCAGUCGGUCUGGCUAUGGCAUCCAAAAACCUGGGUGCCACCUACAACCGCGGCGAUUACGAAGUCGUGAACAACAUGACAUGGUGUAUGAUUGGAGAUGCUUGCCUGCAAGAGGGUGUUGGAAUGGAGUCGAUCCAACUCGCUGGACACUGGAAGUUGAACAAUCUCUGCGUCAUGUUUGACCGCAAUGAGAUUACGUGCGAUGGCUCGGUUGACGUUGCCCAAUCCGACGAUAUCAACAUGAAGAUGCGUGCUUGCGGUUGGGACGUCAUUGACAUUACCGAUGGUAACAAUGAUGUUGAGGCGAUUGUCAAGGCUCUCGUACAAGCUCGCGCCUCCAAGGACAAGCCUACCUUCAUCAACAUCCGCACUGUGAUCGGAGUCGGCAGCCGAGCCCAGGGAGAUGCCAAGGUCCACGGAGCGGACUUGGGUGAGGAAGACAUUGCUCACGUCAAGAAGACAUUCGGCAUGGACCCAUCCAAGACCUUCGUUGUCGGCGACGAAGUCUACGACUACUUCCGUGAAGCCAUCCCACGAGGUCAACAACUCGAGAAAGACUGGAACGCUACCGUAGACGCAUACAGCAAAGAAUACCCCGAACUUGCUGCCGAGUUUCAAAAGCGAGUCAAGGGCGAAUUCCUCGCAGACUGGACCAAACUCGUCCCUCAAACCUCCGACUUCCCGACAGAAGACACGCCCUCCCGAAAGGCUGCAGGCCAGAUCAUCAAUCCCAUCGCCGAAAAUUGCGGGAACGUCAUGGUUGGAACUGCAGAUCUAUCUCCAUCCGUGAACAUGGCCUGGAAAACCAAGGUGGACUUCCAAAACCCGGACCUCACGACCGCGUGCGGCUUGAAGGGCGACUACACGGGUCGAUACAUCCAUUGGGGAAUCCGCGAACACGCCAUGGCAUCUGCAUCAAACGGCAUGGCAGCUUUCAACAGGGGAACCUUCCUACCCAUUACUUCUUCCUUCUUCAUGUUCUACAUCUACAAUGCCGCAGGACUCCGAAUGGGAGCUCUCCAAAACUUGCAAACCAUCCACAUCGCCACGCACGACUCUAUCGGAACCGGAGAAGACGGACCUACACAUCAACCCAUUGAGCUCGCGACUCUCUAUCGCGCCAUGCCCAACUUCCAUUACAUUCGUCCGUGCGAUGGAGAAGAAGCCGCCGGAGCCGUCAUCGCAGCUCUGAACGCAAAAGACACCCCUUCGAUGAUUUCCGUCUCGCGACAGAAAGUCCCCCAGUACCCGGGGAAUUCCUCCCGAGAAGGCGUGCAGAAGGGCGGAUACGUCUUCCUCGAGGAGAAAGACGCAGACGUCACCCUCGUCGGAGCCGGAGCGGAGAUGAAAUUCGCCGUCGAAGCCCGUGAAGCGCUGGUCGGGAAAGGCCUCCGCGCGAGGAUCGUCUCGCUGCCGUGCUGGAGACUCUUCGAGAAGCAGUCCCGAGCUUACCGGAAGGAAGUGCUGGGCACGGCACCCAGAAUCGCGAUUGAAGCGUACUCUCCCACUGGAUGGGAGAGGUACGCCGAUGCAGGGUACAAUAUGCAUACUUUUGGCCAGUCGUUGGUCGGCAAGGAUGUCUAUGAGCGGUUCAACUUCAAUGGGGAGAAGAUUGCCGCGAAAGCAAAGGGAUUGAUUGACGAGGUUAAGAAAGAUGGGAUUGCGACGCUGAGGGGUGAUUUCAGGGAUUUGAACGAGUAUGAGCAUGAUGUGCAGUUCAAGGCUUACCACAAGCAUUGA